AUGUCGAUCGCAUGCUGCAGUAUUAAGGCGCAGAUUUGCCUUAGCGGGUGCUGCGGUGUGGACACUGCACUGAACCGUGCGUGCUCGGCCCGACGAGCCUACACCGUUAUUAACAUUCGUAAUGCUGAAUUUAACAGCGUCGUGGGAUAUUGUCUGAGCAAUGCCACCGCUCCACAAAGGGUCCUCACGGUGGCUGCGGAAGCCCGCCCUCUACUAGUACGCUUGUCGAAAGCAAUGACCAAAGGGAACGGCCGUGACGAGCUCCAUGUUGGCAAAGCGCGCAAGAGAACUCAUAAAAGAGUCACGAACGAACCGCUUAUCAUCAAGCAGCCAGAGCACACAAACACUGCUUUGCGCCCAACCACCACAUCAAUAAGAGAGUUUAUCACAAACGGCUACCGUUACACACGCGUCCAGCCAGCCAUGAUUCUACCUAGGGGACAGCACCCGAGCGCAGAGGGAGGGAAUUCCCCCUACCCAGAAUCAGGUGAAUGCCCUACCGGCCCACCGCUCCCGGAUCUGAACCCGGCGACAACUUUGCGAGACGCCGAACGCAAAGCUGGAGUCCGAGCGCAAUUGAUGCGCCCCCCGAACGAGCACAAGAUUGAAGUUUGCUGGGUCAGCUCCCGAACAAGCCAUGGAAGAAGUCUACAGGCAGAGCUACAGGCGAGGCUUCUAUGCCCUAGUGUCGAGGUGCUCGACCCUCGCGACGCUGGAAGACCCAUCAUGCGCCUCAUUCCGGGGGCAGUGCCCGACUCCGACACUCGCGAAACAUGGAGCCACUUCCUCAUCAGCCUCUCAUUUAGGGACGCCUAUUUGACCCAAUGCAUGUUCUCGCUGCUGCGCAAAUGGCAUGUUCGGUUCAGCUGUGUUACUCUUGCUCAGGCUCCCUACAGAGGUGAGUAUCUGGCACUUUCCACGGGAACCAGGGCAUUCACUCACCAUAAUCACAACAGCGACGGACACCGAUCCCGGAAACGGUCUAUACAUUAG